CGCCGGGCCGGGCCUUCGCGACAGCGCCGUAAAACCCGCGGCCGGCGGCGGGAGGCGGCGAUGGCGGCGGCCCGGGCGCUGCGGGGGGGCGGCUUCUGCUGCUGCCGCCGCCUCCUCCUCUCCUCCCCCCGUCUCCUCUCCUCCUUCUCCCCCUCCUCCGGCGGCGGCCCCAGGACGGAGCGGCAGGAGAGCGCGGGCCCGGGCUUCAGCCCCCCCGCGCACUCCCGCAGUGACUGGAUCGGCCCCCCGGACAAGCACUCCAACCUGCGGCCCGUCGUCUUCUACGUGCCCGCCGAGGAGUCGCCCCUGGAGCGGCGGCUGCGGGAGGCGCGGCAGGAGGCCCAGGCCUGCGACCAGCGCUUCUGGGCCCGGCACAACCGCGCCUUCCAGCAGGAAAAAGAAGAAUUUAUUUAUUCAAGACUGAAAGCCAAGGGUCUGGAAAUGAGAGAUGAAACAGGUAAAAAAGCAACACUGAAUGCAGAAGAAAUGGCUGACUUUUACAAGGACUUUCUAAGUAAAAAUUUUAGAAAGCAUAUGCAGUAUAACAGAGACUGGUAUAAACGUAACUUUACUAUCACAUUCCUGAUGGGACAAGUAGCACUGCUGAGAGCUUUGAGGUGGCUUCGUUGGAAAAAGAAAAAUGUUGGAAAUUAGUGAUCACAGCUUCAUGAAGAAUGCAACACUAGCUAGGCCUGCUAUAAACUUGGUGUUUAUAGUGAUGUUCAGAAUCUGAAUGACUAGUAAUUGUUUGAAUUUGUUUGUUAAACUAUGUAAAUAAAAGUUCCCAUUGGUCUUAAUUUAUAAUCAACAUGUAGAUUUCCUUCGUUUUAUUCCAAGAAUAUCUAAAAUAUUUUUCAACCAGAACAGCUGAGGAAACUAUGAAGAACUGUUCCUCCUUUACCUUAGGUGGAAGGGAUCACAACUGUCAUGUUUUUACCACACAGUCAUGGCUCCUAAAUAACGUGUGACUCAGUGUGCUGUACCACAGGUCAGAGAAUGAUGUCUCUGCUGACCAUUUUAGUCUCUAAGGCAAAAAUGCCUCAUUUUGUGGCAGUUGUCUGGAGCAGUGGUUGUCCCCAAGUAAUAUAACAUGGCUGAAGGAAUAGAUAUGAUUUGUGAGUAUAUAUACAAUCAAUUUAGCAUAACCCUCUUUCCAGUGUGAUUAUUUCCUAUUUUUAAUAAAGAUUUAAUAUAUUAUUUCAUAUAAAUUACUAAUGUAAUCUGAUAUUUUAUUUUAAUUAAAAUAAAUUUGCUUCUCUUGGACAAGA